GCCUGACUGUGUCACCGACAACUAACAAUCUUACUCUCCAAAUCCCACACUUCGCCUUCUCGGGGUCUUCUUGCCUGUUGUACAGCUAGAUAAAUCCGCCUUUUUACCACGGUUCAGAUCCCAGCAUUUUGCGCGCAAAGGCCAGUUGACUCUGCUCCGCUAGCGGAGACGAUCCUUGAGCCGCCAUGUCGACGACGACGGGAGCUUUCAUUGCCGGAGGUGUUGCAGCAUGUGGAGCAGUCACAGUAACUCACAGCUUUGAGACUGUCAAGAUUCGCUUACAAUUGCAAGGCGAGUUACAAUCCAAGACGGAUGCGGUCAAAAAAUACCGAGGUGUUUUCCACGGUGUCAAGGUUAUCUUGCAGAAUGAGGGGCCUCGCGGUCUCUUCCGGGGUAUUGGCUCUGCCUACAUUUAUCAAGUCCUGUUGAACGGGUGUCGUCUCGGAUUCUACGAGCCUCUGCGCGGGGGCAUCACAAAUGCGAUCUACAAAGACAGCCAGGUGCAGUCCCUGGGAAUCAACGUCUUCGCGGGUGCCACGUCAGGCAUCAUCGGCGCCGCAGCUGGUUCGCCAUUCUUCCUUGUCAAGACCCGUCUACAAUCCUUCUCGCCGUUCCUUCCUGUCGGUACGCAGCACAACUAUCGCAACUCGUUCGAUGGUCUGAGCAAGAUCUAUAAGACCGAGGGAGUGAAGGGGUUGUAUCGUGGUGUGGGCGCAGCCAUGGUGCGCACUGGGUUCGGUAGUUCGGUUCAGCUGCCGACUUACUUCUUCGCCAAGCGUCGCUUGACAAAGCACCUUGGUAUGGAAGACGGGCCAGCUCUGCACCUGGCCAGCAGCACGGCUUCCGGCUUCGUGGUUUGCUGUGUCAUGCACCCUCCUGACACGAUCAUGUCGAGAAUGUACAACCAGACCGGUAACCUGUACAAGGGCGCACUCGAUUGCUUGUUCCAGACCAUCCGCACUGAGGGCAUCCUAGCGAUUUACAAGGGAUAUUUCGCCCAUCUUGCCCGUAUCCUGCCACACACCAUCUUGACACUCAGCUUGGCCGAACAGACCAACAAAUACAUGCGUAGACUGGAGGACCGGUUCCUCUCCGACUCACUCAAGGCCCGACUCUGAUGAAUUGACCUUCGUCCAGCGACUUCAACUUACCCUUCUUACUUUGCAAGAACAUUUAUAGAGGCAUUUCGGUAUAUUCAAUCGGGGGUUACAUGGUUGAGUAAUGGCAUCUGCUUGCUCGUCUUGUUGUGCACAUAGGCGUUUCAGCUUGAUUAGUCGUGUGAUGUUAGAUCUUAU